GAUGAGCGUGAAAAAGGAAGUUCAAGGACAAAAUGAAAUAAAGGAUGAAGAUCAGGACCACAAUUUUAAAAGUGAAGAAAAUUCAUUCAGUUGCUCCAAGACUGAUGAUGAUUCAUUUCAAGAAAGAGCAAAAGAAAAAAUCUCUUUUGCAUGCCAUCUUAAUGCGUUUUCACUAAAAGGACAUUCAGAUGUUGACAUAAAGACUCACACAGAUGAAAUGCCUCAGUGUGAAAAGACUUGCACAGGUAAAAGCCACAUUGAGGAUCAUUUAGCAAGUCACACUGGUGAGAGGCCCUUCACCUGCCCUCAGUGUGAUAAGUGUUUUAAACAACGAAGAAGUCUUAAUGCUCACAUAAAGACUCACACUGGAGAAAUGCCAUACGCCUGCCCUCAAUGUGAAAAGACCUACAGAGAUAAAAGGCGCCUUAAGGAUCAUUUAUUUACUCACACUGGUGAGAUGCCCUUCACUUGCCCUCAGUGUGAUAAGGGAUUUUUACGCAAAAAAAAUCUUAAUAUUCACAUACAGUCUCACACUGGAGAAAAACCAUACAGCUGCCCUCAUUGUGAAAAGACCUACAGAGAAAAAAGGCACCUUAAGGAUCAUUUAUUUACACACACUGGUGAGAUGCCCUUCACCUGUCCUCAGUGCAAUAAGGGUUUUUCACAUAAAAUAAAUCUUGAUGCUCACAUAAAGACUCACACCGGAGAAAGGCCCUACACCUGCCCUCAGUGUGAUAAGGGUUUUAUACGUAAAAUAAAUCUUGAUGCUCACAUAAAGAAACACACCGGGGAUAAGCCCUACACCUGCCCUUUCUGUGAUAUGGGUUUUUUACGUAAAAAAAAUCUUAAUGUUCACAUAAAGACUCACACCGGAGAAAGGCCCUACAGCUGCCCUCAUUGUGAAAAGUCCUACAGAGAAAAAAGGCACCUUAAGGAUCAUUUAGUGAUUCACACUGGUGAGUGGCCCUUCACCUGCCCUCAGUGUAAUAAGGGUUUUUUACGUAAAAUAAUUUUUAAUGUUCACUUAAAGACAUUCACAUGUAAAGAGUCCCUGAAAGAACAUAAAAUAAGUGACACUGACCACAAAUCUUUCUCUUGCCCUGAAUGUGGAAUGAGUUUUACUGAAAGAGAAACCCUUAAUAUUCACAUGAGGAGUCACAAUUUUGAUGGGCUUUACACCUGUCCUCAUUGUGGUAGGAGUUUUGCAUCAAAAGCGCAUUUAGAGAGUCACGUACGCAUUCACACUGGAGAGAAACCUUUCAGGUGCCCUCAGUGUGACAGAAGUUUUAAAGAACGAGGGCAUCUUCAGCUUCACAUACGAAUUCAUACAGGUGAGAAGCCUUUCUCAUGCAAUCUGUGUGAUAAGAGCUUUAGACAUAAACAAAAUCUUCAGUAUCACAUACGAAUUCAUACAGGUGAGAAGCCUUACUCGUGCCAUCUGUGUGAUAAGAGCUUUAGACAUAAACAAAAUCUUCAGUAUCACAUACGAAUUCAUACAGGUGAAAAGCCUUUCUCGUGCCAUCUGUGUGAGGAGAGCUUUAGACAAAAGGAAAAUCUUAAGCAUCACAUACAAAUUCAUACAGGAGAGAAGCCUUUCUCGUGCCAUCUGUGUGAUAAAAGCUUUGGACAUAAAGGAAAUCUUAAGCAUCACAUACGAGUUCAUACAGGAGAGAAGUCUUUCUCAUGCCAUCUGUGUGAUAAAAGCUUUAGUCAAAAACAAAAUCUUAAGCAGCACAUACGAGUUCAUACAGGUGAGAAGCCUUACUCGUGCCACACGUGUGAUAAGAGUUUCAAACAAGCACGAGAUCUUAAAUUGCAUUUGUUGGCUUACCAUUCUGUAAAAAAACCCUAAAAGUGCUCACAUUGUGGAAAGAGUUACCUUACUCGAUGACGUGAUGAUGGGAUUCGACCUUGGGAGACCAAUCACCAUCUGAAAAUGGAUAUUGAAUGAACGAUGAACAUUGGCAAAUGAAAUUUGCCAAUGCGCAAUGUGACUCCGCCCAAAGAUCUGGGUAUAAGGGAGGCUGGUAUAUUCAUUCAUUCAGAUUUGUUCUUCAACGCCUUCAUCUGGGUCUUAUCUCACAUUCGUUCUGAUUACUCGCCUUGCUCUGCGGUUGUUGGUGUGGCAUUUCCACUGAUUGUCUCAUUACCCCUCGGGGUAUGUCUCCACCAUCCCAUGCCCCCUCAUGGCCCUAAUGCUAUCAUUCCUUUCGAGCCUCUUGCACAGUUUAUGGGGAUGAGGCUUGCACUGCCCAACCCGUUGCAGUGGCUCCUCAGGAUCAUUCGGCUCGGCUAUGCGAUCCAGUUUGCCAGGUGCCCGCCCAAGUUCAGCUGCAUUCUUUUUUCACGUCUCCUAAUCCCUUUGUAAGGUUUUUUAACCUCAUGGUACUGUCUUGUCCCAGGUGGUGUCUGCUCCGGCACUCAACCUGGAUGCUGGCUGCGAGCCUCGAUUGUGACCUUCCUUUUUCAGGGCACAUUUUGCCAAGUUGGAUUCCCCCUCUAUUUUUAUUUUUUAAAUUGGGCUUGCGGAGAAGCCAAUAUCGAGGUUUCAUUGACCCGUUACCUUUUGUGUAGCCAGCUUUAAACCUUUUUUCUAUGCUUGCCAUCACUUGGGUUGUAUUUUGUUU